UUUUUCUGCUUGCUCUGGCCGGAACUCAUAUUAGUAGCGUUAGUUUCCAGGACGGAGCGAUAUCGAGGGCGGACCUGUAGAUCAGCUGCGAGCGGAACUUCCGGUGUGAGCUCAGCCAGCAAGCCGUGCGGAGAGACACUGUGUACUAGAGCACUGACUCACAUCCACAAUGCCCAAGAAGAAGACGGGAGCUCGCAAGAAGGCUGAGAGCCGGAAGGAGCGAGAGAAACAGAACCGAGCCAACAGAGAGCAUGUCGAUGUCGCAAAGCAUCCCUGCAACUCGGCCAUGGACUGUGAUAAGUGUCUGAGACGACAGAAGAACAGAGCAUUUUGUUACUUCUGUGCGUCGGUGCAGAAGCUCCCCAUGUGCGCUCAGUGUGGUAAAACGAAGUGCAUGAAGUCCUCAGACUGUGUGAUAAAACACCCCGGUAUCCACAGCACAGGCAUGGGCAUGGUGGGAGCAAUAUGUGACUUCUGCGAGGCCUGGGUGUGCCAUGGAAGGAAGUGUCUGAGCACACACGCCUGUUCCUGUCCACUGUCAGAGGCAGACUGCAUCGAAUGUGACCGCAGUGUGUGGGAGCAUGGAGGCCGCAUCUUCCGCUGCUCUUUCUGUCACAACUUCCUGUGCGAGGACGAUCAGUUUGAGCAUCAGGCCAGCUGCCAGGUUCUGGAGGCAGAGACUUUUAAAUGUGUUUCAUGCAAUCGACUUGGCCAGCACUCAUGUCUCCGAUGUAAGGCCUGCUUUUGUGAUGAGCACGCUCGAAGCAAAGUGUUUAAGCAAGAGAAAGGCAAGGCGCCUCCGUGUCCCAAGUGUGGCCACCAAACGCAGGAGACUAAAGACCUCAGCAUGUCCACUCGGACUCACAAGUUUGGCCGGCAGAGCGGCGCUGAUGACGACAGCUACUGUUACGGAGCGUCGGGUUACGAUUCCUACUGGAAAAGCACCGCCUCCGGAGGAGCUGCAGACCAGGAAGACGACUACAUUGGAGACGAUGAAGAUUACGAGGACGAGGAUGACGACGACGAGGAAGAUGAGGAGGAAGACGAGGAAGAAGAUGAAGAUGAGGCUGAGGCUGAAGCAGUGGAUACACUUAACAACCUUAGUCUCGGUGUGAGCUCAGCCAGUGAAGACAAAUGAAGACUAAUUAGAUCAAGUUGGAUUAAUAGAUUCACAGCUGUUUCAAUGUUUAUGACAAAGUUCUAUUAUUAAAGAUUACCUUUAAAAUUUG